GCAGCCUGACCGAGAAAGAAGCUCUUCUCGCUCCGCUAUUUGUUUUUUUUGUUUGUUUCGCGCUGUGACUUGUGUUUAACUCUAUUUUUGUCUCACAUUUUUAGCGUGCUGACAAUAAUGUGAAGAAGCUAUCUUUAAAAAAUACAAUUGAAAAAAAGAGCCCGGAGAGCUUGAAUCGACUGGCGAGUGGGAAACGGAAGUGAGACAUUAAGUGCCAAAUGUCCAGCCUGGAGGAGCACUACUGGAGCUGCUCCCGCUUGGAACGCGAACAGUCGCCGUUGUCGUCUGCGACCAACUGGUUGGCGUCCAAAGGCGAGGAAAUGAUGUCCAUCAUCACGUCGGUGCUGAGCAGCGCCUACGGCUCGCUGCACCGCCACCGGACCUUCAACUUGAUCCGCCGCGGCCUGGUGCUCUUCGCCGUGGGGGUGAUCCUCGCCCUGGUGCUCAACUUGCUGCAAAUCCAGCGCAACGUCACGCUCUUCCCCGAGGAGGUGAUGAGCACCUUGUUCUCGUCCGCCUGGUGGAUCCCGCCGUGCUGCGGAACUGGGGCAGCGGUGGUGGGCCUGCUGUACCCGUGCCUGGACAGCCACCUUGGCGAGCCGCACAAGUUCAAGCGGGAGUGGGCGAGCGUCAUGAGGUGCAUCGCCGUCUUCGUGGGCAUCAACCACGCCAGCGUCAAACUGGACAUCGACAACAGUGUGCAGCUGUCGCUCACGCUGGCCGCGCUGUCGCUGGGCCUCUGGUGGACCUUUGACCGCUCGCGCAGUGGCUUCGGCUUGGGCGUCACCACGGCCUUCCUCGCGACCGUCUUCACGCAGCUGCUGGUUUACAAUGGCGUCUACCAGUACACAUCUCCCGACUUCCUGUACGUGCGCUCCUGGCUGCCGUGUAUUUUCUUCUCCGGCGGAGUCACCGUGGGAAACAUCGGGCGCCAGCUGGCCAUGGCCGGCGUUGAGAAGCCGCACAGCGACUGAACACACGUCUGAAAGAAAGAAGAAGAAUAAAAAAAAAAAAGUGUGGUUUGAGAGAAAUAGCCUUUGGUCCUAUGUGCCAUUUGACCUCACGGAGGCCCUGCCCACCACAGCUUCGAAAACGACAGGACAGUGUUUGCCUCUUUUUGAACUUUUUUUUUUUUUUUCCCCUCUCGAAGCUGGUCUGACGUUGACUUGACAGUCUUUAAAAGGGAAACUUCCUGGAUUUUUUUUUUUCUGGCAUGCAAGGAAUUCAGACUCUGAUUUUGUUUUGGGGGGAGUUGCCCGACUUUCUUCUUGAACGCGACUGCGACCGCAGGUCGUGGAAGAAUGAAGAGCGACUGGAAGUGCACGCGGGAGUGCCAAUUCGGCUAGUAGGCGACGAGCAUCCGCGUCUGCAGAGUAUAGAUUUAUUUCCCGGUGCGCAUAAAGCUAAUUAAGUGUCACUGAGAGACGCCCGUGCUGUUGAAAAGACUGGUGCGAAAUUUUUUUUUUAUUUUUUUUUUUUGCGUCAACUGAGUUCUGCGAAUGUGGGGCUUGCUUUGUCUACCAACUGCCAAAAAAAAAACAAAAACUUAAAAGUGUUCUAUAGAAAAACAAAAAAACUGCCCCCAAAUUUCAUGAUUUGGUCCCGAUUUAAUAAUAAUAAUUAGCCCUGAAUCAUCAGUCAGUGUCAUUCUCGCGCAGAUGCACAUUUUGGAGGAACAGGUUCUGGGAAUUGCCCUGCGAUUGGCUGGUGAUUGGGUCAGGGUGGACCCCCGCCUCUCACCCUUAGUCAGCCGGGAUAGGUUAGUGAGGCGAAGUGGUGUCGGAAAUGGAUGGGCUCCAAAAAUUAUCCAGUACCACAGAAAUGGAAGUCCGAGCAAAGUAACAAUCCUCAAUCCAGAAAUAAGCACGUUGCAGAGAUUAGAUAUGAGCAGCCCAAAAGAAAGCAUCCGGGGUGGUAAUGGAAGUCAUGUAUGAGCUGUUGUGGGUGGAAGGGAACCCAGAAAUUAGCCAGCAGAAAAGGGGAAUGGAAGUCAAGACGUUUGGUGAUGGAGGCAAGUCACGGGAACGGAAGUCAUCCAGACGCUUCCCGGUGGUACAAAACAGAACCCAGGUAGUAACUUGUCUCAGACACAUUAACAAAAUACCUCGGAAAUACAUCCCAUUAAAAAAAAAGAGUGGGAUUGUUGAAGUCAAAUAGCCAUUGGUGCAGAAACAACCCAGGAAUUUGACAGUAUCCACGAUGCAGUAUAAAUAAAUGUUAUUGUGUGAUCUGGGAGAAACAGAACUCUGAUGUUAGCCAAUACCACAGGGCUAAAAGUUGAAUAUGCUGAUGUAGAUAAAAUGCAAACCAGGAAAUGGUUUAUAUCUUAGUUUAAAAAAAAAAAAAAAAAGCCGGCAUCAGGGUGGAUAGUUGGAUAUUAGUUGAUUCAGUGAUAUAACCUAGGAAUGGAUCGGUAGUAUAGGAAGGGCAGUCAAAAAGGCGCUGCUAUAGGGAAAUAGCUCGUAUUAGACAGUUGCAAAUACCAAGUAGAGGCCAGUCAUCCAGGAACAGAAAUUUGCUGGUGCAAAAUAGAAUAAAUAAAAUAAAUUAACCCCAAGUUGCAGAAACCAGAAGUUAGUCUGCAUCAGAGGAGUCGACCCCAUAUAAGUGCUGGAUGCAGAAGAGCAAAUGUCUCCAAUGAGACAGCCGGAGUAAUGGAGGUCAAACAUGAACCUGAACUGGUGUUAUCUUGGCAAAGCCCCAGACGUGAACCAGUAUCCUGAAUGAAAGUCCAGAAUCGGAUAGCGCAGGAGAAAGACGACCCCAAAAAUCAGUUGGUAUCAGAGGGCAGGACUCCAGGAACUCUCCAGUACCCAAAGAAUCGAUUCCUUUGCGACAGGCACCAUUUAAUCUGUCCAGUUUUGCAAUCUGUGAUUGCCCGUGUAUUGUCAUACUGCGUUAAUGUAUUCAAGACAGAAGACGGUGCUUUUGUCACUAUCCGACCCGACAUUGUGAGGGUUGUGUAUGGAUUUAUUGUACAUAACAAAAUGACACAAUGGCACGCAAACACGCACACACAUUCAGGUGUUAUCGCUAUCAGUAUGUUAACUUGGGGAGAGAUGAAGUGCAAUCGGUACAUAUACACACACAGGCCAAUUGUUGAUUCUUAUUUAUGAUUUCUGACGAACGCAGCGAGCCAUUUUAACACGUCAGAAGUUGGGCUGCUCAAUUGAACCUGUGUCAAAACGGCGAUUCAGCCACAUUUCGGAAGGAAGGAAUCAGAACUCGUUUAUUUUUCUAUAAACUGAAACCUCGAGGAGGAGGAGGAGGAAGAAGCUUUUUGGUUUGGAGGUGAUGAAGCACCUCGUUAAUACUUUGGUGUGUGUUUCACCCUUUUAUAUGCUAUCUAAAAUAAAGUACACGUGGAAAUGA